AUGGAAUUGCAUGACGAAUCAAAUAAUACGAAUGAAAAACGGGGAAUUGAACUUAACAAGCGACGUAGAGAACGGUGCGGGCUAUGUCAAGAACAAUACAAGCACCAACAAGAACCAACAAGAACCAUAUAUUCUCUUAUAAAUGGAAUUAUUUGGGCUAUCUUCUCACACCAGUUGUUUAUUUCGAGACCAUCUAUGGAUUACUCAUAUCUUUCUAAUAUCAAUGGUGGCGUGGAGGAUUGGUUGCUUAGGUUGCGAGUUUGCAGGCUGUGGGAGUCCACUAACACGCGGGAGAACACUUUGAUCAGCAUGGAUAUGGUGUUGAUCGAUGAAAAGGGCAAUCUUAUGCACGCUUCUGUGCCUAGGCAUCUGGUGUCUCGGUUCAAGAGACAUGUGAGCGAAUGCAAGCUUUAUAGCCUUCGGAAUGUUAAGAUUACGACGAACACCUAUCCGUACAGGCCUCUUGCAAGUGACAAGAAAUUGCUUUUCUUGGCGACCAUUGAGGUUGUCAAGCUGGAUGCUGAUGCGGUGCGCAUAGGAAUGCAUGGCUUUCAAUUUGUCAGCCUGCCCGUACUCCAGGCACGCGCUGAUGAUGUGACUAUACUCUCAGGUGCCUUGACCUUUGCCACAACUAGCGCCAGCAGAAUUUAUGUCAAUCCAGAUGAACAACAUGUUUCUUCUGUGAGGGAGAGGUUCUCGGCUCUGUCCACCAAGGUACUUGCUCUUGAGGGUACUUCUGCCUCAAAAUUGCCUCUUGAAGAGGCCAUGUUUGUGAAUCAGAUCACUGUUGAUGACCUGGUGGGAGCUACAUGCUCUGGCGAAUUAAAGGCUGCGAUAGCCACCUUGAAGGUCAUCAUAACUGCUGUGAACACCCGUUUUGAAUGGUAUUAUGUGUCGUGCAAGUCCUGCGUGAAGAAAGCCACGCCUGUUGGUGGAGUAUAUGUUUGUGCUGAGUGCAAGAAACCCGUCGAUUACCCUCUUCACAUGUAA